AUGGUCAACAUUCCUAAGACCCGUAACACCUACUGUAAGGGUUCCAAGUGCAGAAAGCACACACCCCACAAGGUCACUCAAUACAAGGCUGGUAAGGCUUCUCUCUUCGCUCAAGGUAAGAGACGUUAUGACCGUAAGCAAGCCGGUUAUGGUGGUCAAACCAAGCCCGUCUUCCACAAGAAGGCCAAGACUACCAAGAAGAUUGUCCUCCGUCUCGAGUGUACUGCCUGUAAGUACAAGAUGCAACUCGCCAUCAAGAGAUGUAAGCACUUCGAGUUGGGUGGUGACAAGAAGACCAAGGGUGCUGCUCUUGUUUUCUAA